UGCAGCAUGGCAGCAGCCGGCAGGGAGCUAGUUUCAUGAGACACAGAUUGAUGUGGUUGGUUCUAAAAGUUGCUAUCCCUCAUGGAUAUUGUUAAGAACAAUGUGCAGAAAACUGCUCUUCUUGAAGAAACUCAAAGACCACCACUAGUUCCAUCUGAGAAGCACAAUGCGUCCUCCGUAAGCCGAGCGAGAGAUGUUGCAUCCAGGUACAAGAGUGGUCAGGCUGUUACGUCGACAAGGAGAUGUACAUCUCCUAGUCUUGCCCGGACCUCAACAGCUGAUGGCACACCAGUGCCCAAAAGGGCGCAAUCUGCAGACAGAAGAAGGCCCACAACACUUUCAACCCCUUCUUCGAGGGUGUCAACACCCUCAACCCCAAUAUCAAGGUCUGUUACACCAGUCCGUGAUACCAUCAAAGAGGUAAAUAAGAGUUCUAGGUGCAUAGCAAAUGAAAGGUCUCCACAUGGCUUGUGGCCGGCAAUGCGGAACCUAUCUCCCUCCUACCAGUUGGGGUCUGUGGCUGCCCCUGGCAAUAAGAAAGAUAAGGUGGUGUCUAGCCCAUCUUUAGAUCAGACCAAGGAACAGGCCAGUGUCCCAAAUGAGAGGAAGAGGAGUCCUCUGAGAAGGAAAAAAGUUGCUGAACAAUGUGAGAAUGCUCGACCUUCAGAAGACCUGCCUAAGAGGGCAACUGAGCAAAACCGUUGGCCAGCCAUGAUAAGUAAGCGUGGGCAUACCAAUGUUAUGUCAAAUUCUGAACUUUCUGAGAAAUCUAGCAGAUCGGUCCCUUUGUCAAAUACUUCUAGAGGACUUUCACCAAGGAAGAAUCCUGCUUCUGAAGACACGGGUAAAAGAUUGAAUCAAUCAUUGGAUGAUGUGGCACGGAGAUUGGCUAUUCAUGCAAACAGAAGAGAUGGACAGUUGGACUCUGUCAGUUAUGUUCAUUCACAUACAACAGAAAGAUCUAAAUAUGCCAGCCGUCCAAGUAGGACAAUCACUUUACCUGUUCCUGUUCUUCAUCGCUCAUCAUCCCCAAACAGGGUCUUGUCAGCUGCACCAUCCACUUCUAGGGCUUUUCAAAGUCCAUCUCGGACAAGGCCCUCAACACCUUGCCGUUCACAAAGUGCUGGAACGAUUCAACCAGGUGUUAUAUCUCCUGUUGUUAGCUACAUGGUUGAUCCAAGAAAGGGAAGGAAGAAUUCCAGCCAAACUGAAAAUAUCCAUCAACUGCGAUUGCUGCAUAAUAGAUACUUGCAGUUGCUCUUUGUAAAUGCUCGUGCGGAAGAUGUUCUAUCUUUCCAAAAGUCCACUGUCGAGAAUAUUCUAUAUAAUGUUUGGAGGAAUACCUCGAAUUUGAGGGAUGCUGUUAAUUUGCGAAGAGUCAUGGUGCAACGCCAUCAGCAAGAGUUGAAGCUGUAUGGCAUUCUGCAAGAGCAGAUUGCUUACCUCGAACAAUGGCCAGCACUUGAAAAGGAGAAUAGUCUAUCGUUAUUUCGGGCAUCUGAGGCUCUAAAAGCAAGCACACUGCGGCUUCCAGUCACAUCAGGAGCAAGGGCGGACACAGUUAGUCUUAAGAAUGCUAUGAGCUCAGCUGUUGAUGUCAUGCAAGGUUUGGGAUCGUCAGUUCGCUGUAUGCUUUCUAAGGUUGAAGACAGGACAUAUUUGGUCUCAGAGCUUUCAGUCGUUUCAGAACAAGAAAAGGCCAUGCUUGAUGAAUGCAGAGAACUCUUAGCUUUGGCAGCAAAACUAGAGGUACAGGAGUCUAGCCUGCGGACACAUCUUAUGCAAGUAAAGGACUUGUCCAGAUGAACUAACAACCCAGGCAAAGAUAUAAGAUAUAUACAAUGAUAUUUUUGAAUAGAUACAACCAUGCUAGUUGAGUUUACUCCCAAGAACAUAUUGUGCAAAGAGACAAGGAACCCAUAGAGAAAAAAGUAACAAAACAAAAGAAGGUUAUACAUCCCCUGGCGAUCAAGGUGCGAUGCUGUGCAGAUAACAACUCACGGUGGUUAGAUAUGAUAGCUUGUAGGUCUCCUCAUGUGUAAAUUGCUUUUAUCAUAUAGUGUACUUGUAGCCUCUUUUCCCCUUAUUUUAGUUUUACUUUUUUGUUCUGUUAGUAGUUUCGUUUUAGGGUUAGAGCCCUAUUCUUUUCCACUGUAUUUUUUUGACAUAUGGAAAGAGAAUACACAAAUGAAACUUAAGGAAAAGAUACUGGAAAAUAAU